AUGAAGGCUACCUUCGCCCUCCUGGCAGUUGCUGCCAGCCUUGGCGAGGUUUCCGCUACCUGGGGUAACUGGAAGGGAGCUCCCAAGUACUCUCCCCCUCGUGCCGUUGACAACAAGUGUGACGACAAGCAGAAGGGUGGCUGGUCUUGGGGUGACCUCGACGUCGGCCGCUUCGAUAAGUACAACGACUGGGACUUCAGCGGCUGGACCUGCGGAGAAGAUAAGUCGAAGCGUGAUCUUAGCGGCCGUACGUUCGGAAAGACCAUUUUCGGAGAGUGUGGCUCCUCCAAGGAGUCUGCUCCCUCUUUCGGCUGCAACAGCGGCAGCUGCGGUGGUGGCUAUGACAAGUUCUCUGUGAAGAAGUUCCACGUCAAGCCCGAGUUUGACUGCCGCCUCGAGUUCCACUACGAGAUGCCUGACGGCUCCAACUGCAAGCACCAGUCCGACUGCUCCAAGGACGGUACCGAUGUCUACAACUCUCAGUGUGGUGGUGCCAAGAAGGUCCACAUCGUCUACCCCAAGCAGCCCAACAAGCCCAAGGAGAAGUGCCGUGUCGAGAUCCCCCAGAUCGACUUCGACUGCGACAAGCCCGAGAAGCCCGUUUGCACCAAGUGCCAGCAGACCAAGACCUUCCCCUACGGUGACAACACCAAGACUUUCCCUGGUGGCGACUACACCAAGACCUUCCCUGCUGGUGAGGAGACCACCACUGUUCCCAGCGGCGAGGAGACCACUUCUUUCCCCGGCGGUGAGGCUACCACCAGCGUCCCUGGUGGUGAAGAGACCACCACUGUCCCCAGCGGCGAGGAGACCACCACCUUCCCCGGUGAGGAGUCCCAGACCGUUCCCACUGGCGGCGAGAACACCCAGACCUACCCCAACGGCGAGCAGACCACCAGCUUCCCCGGAGCUGAGGAGACCACUAGCUUCCCCGGCGGCCAGGGCACCACCAGCGUCCCUGAGGGUGAGGAGACUACCACUGUUCCCACUGGCGAGGAGACCAAGACUGUCCCUAGCGGCGAGGAGUCCCAGACCUCUCCCAUCAGUGAGCAGACCACCAGCUACCCUGGCGGCGAGGAGACCACCAAGACCUUCCCCUACGGCGAGGAGACUACCAUUGUCACCACCUUCGACAGCACCUCCACCAUCUACACCACUGAGAUCACCACUGUCACCUCUUGCGGCCCUGAGGUCCCUGACUGCCCCGCUACUCAGGGUACUCCCGUCAUCGUGACCCAGACCGUUCCUCUGACCACCACCAUCUGCCCCGUCACUGAGACCCGCGUCGAGACCAACCCUCCUGCUGGUGAGACCGUCCCCGCUACUCAGCCUGAGGGCCAGAAGACCACCACUGCUCAGUCCCCUGGUGAGACCCAGUCCGUUCCUGAGGGUGAGGGUUCCCAGACCGUCCCCACUGGUGAGGAGACCAACACUGUCCCCGCUGGUGAGGAGACUGUCCCCGCCACUGAGCCCGAGGCCGGCAAGACCACCACUGCCCAGUCCCCUGGUGAGACCCAGUCUGUCCCUGAGGGUGAGGAGACCGUCCCCGCUACUCAGCCCGAGGCCGGCAAGACCACCACUGCUCAGUCCCCUGGUGAGACCCAGUCUGUCCCUGAGGGUGAGGAGGAGACCUCUUCCGUCAUCACCACCACCUACGACAGCACCUCCACCAUCUACACCACUGAGAUCAAGACCAUCACCUCUUGCGGCCCUGAGGUCACCAACUGCCCCGUCACUGCUGGUACUCCCGCUGUUGUCACUGAGACCAUUGCUGUUUCCACCACCAUCUGCCCCGUCACUGAGACCCUGACUGGCAACGACAAGCCCAGCUACACCAAGCCUGCCAACGGCGGUGACAAGACCACUGAGGGCUCUUCCCCUGAGGCCACCACCGAUGUCCCUGAGGAGGAGACCACCGUUGUCACCACCUACGACAGCACCUCCACCGUUUACAGCACCAACGUCAAGACCAUCACCUCUUGCGGUCCUGAGGUCACCAACUGCCCCGUCACCGCUGGUACUCCCGCUGUUGUUACUGAGACCGUCGCUGUCUCCACCACCGUUUGCCCUGUCACUGAGACCCAGACCCACAAGUCUCCCAAGCCUACCGGCUCCAAGCCCAGCGGCGACAAGCCCUCGACUGAGAAGCCCGAGACUCCCAAGGAUGGCUACAACGUUCCUGAAGUUGUCCCCAGCUGCCUGAACACCUUCCUUGACUACCUUGAGAACUGUGAGGACAACACCGAUGCUGCCUGCUACUGCCCUGAUAAGUCGUUCGUCGACAACGUCUUCCAGUGCCUGUACGCCCACGCUGAGAACGACGACAUCGUCGCUGAGGCCGUCUCCUUCUUCCAGGGCAUCUGCGCUCCCUACGCUGAGCAGAACCCCGUCAUUGCCACUGGUGCUGACUCCGUCACUGAGCACAUCACUGUCACUGGCACCACCAUCAUCACCUCUGCUCACUACACCACCGUUGUUGUUGCCACCACUAUCACUGAGCCUUGCGUCUCCCAGGGCACCACCAUUGAGGGCAGCAGCACCGUCAAGACCAUCGAGACUGAGAUCGUUGUCCCCGAGGUUGGCUUCACCUCCGGCCCCGCUGGCAACGGCCCCAUCCCCGCUGCUCCCACUGCUCCUGCCACCGCUCCCGUCACUGCCCCCGAGGCUGGCGCCACUGGCUCUCCUGCCUACCCCGCCAACCCCGAGGCUCCCGCUGCUGGCGAGACUCUCAUCACCAACAAGCCCGUCGCUGGCACUGGUGGUGUCCCCGUUCCCACUUCGGCUCCCGGCAACGUCCCCGUGACUGCUGGUGCCGCUCGCAACGGCAUGGGCAUCGCCGCUGCCAUCCUGGCUGUCGCCAUUGCCCUGUAA